AGAUAAACGUGGAGAGUUGUGGGAUACCUAUGGCGGUGUAAAUGUGAAAUCCGAGGUUCCCCGCGCUGCUUGUGAUUAUAACUUAAUCUCUGUACUGCAUUGACAUUUUGCUAACUAUUGAAAGUGAGAAGGACAUUUCCAUCAAUGUUUAAGUAUAUUGUUAUGGGAUUACGAGGUUUCUUUGUGCUUGCAGCGAAGAUAUGGAGUUUCGUGUGCUAUAUUUUCAGGCGACAGGUUCGGUCGGUGGUACAACAUCAGACUGUGAAAUACGAAAUAGUGCCUUUGUCUCCACUUUCCAAGCACAGGCUGAGUAUGAUGAAAAAGAAAACUUUAGUCUUGGAUUUAGAUGAAACUCUUAUUCAUUCACACCAUGAUGGAGUUCUACGACAGGUUAAGCCAGGCACUCCACCAGACUUUGUUCUUAAGGUUACCAUAGACAGACAUCCUGUAAGAUUUUUUGUCCACAAAAGACCACAUGUGGAUUAUUUUUUGGAAAUAGUAAGCCAUUGGUAUGAGCUAGUCGUUUUUACAGCCAGCAUGGAGAUUUAUGGGGCAGCAGUCGCUGACAAGUUAGAUGCAAAUCGUGGCAUCCUCAAGCGUAGAUACUACAGACAGCAUUGCAAUCUUGAUUGUGGCAGCUAUACAAAGGAUUUAUCUGCUAUAUGUCCAGACCUUUCUAGCAUAUUCAUCCUAGAUAAUUCCCCGGUGGCUUAUCGACAGUUUCCUGACAAUGCCAUUCCUAUCAAGUCCUGGUUUAGUGAUGCCCGUGAUAUCUCUCUUCUCUGUCUCCUGCCGAUGUUAGAUGCUUUGCGGUUUUGCAAUGAUGUACGAUCAGUACUUGGACGCAAUUUGCAUUUACACAGGACUUGGUAGCAUCAGAGAUGAACACUGAGAAUGAGAAGACCUGCAGGAGUACCACCUAAACCAUCACCACCUCUUGUGCUACAUUAAGACGUUCACUACAACCUCCCCUACAUAGCUGUGCACAUCACCACAAGAGCCUACUCUACUUAGUUCUUGUACAUAAAAACAUCAAACAGGUGCAAACCAGCAUCAAGUCAUUGUAUUGUGGCUGUGAUGUGCACACAGUUUUGGGCUAAAUGGAGGGAGGAAAGGAAGGAAAGAAAUCUAGCAACAUGAUUUUCAUGUUUCAGGAAAAGAAAAUUUGCAUGCAUUCUUUAUGUAAGGUAAUCGGAAUUUUGCAUAAAGUAUGUAUAAAAAUUUGCUAGCACAUAUGUAGGUUUACAUGUGUACACAAAUACAAAUGCAUGCAAACAUGUUGAAAUCAGUCACAACAGAGAAGUUUAGUUACCAAUCCAGGUAAGAAGACAGGAGAAAAAGUCAGCAGCUCACAGUUGCACCAUAGAAAUAGAUUUAUGACAGUGUUGAAAGGGUAAUACCUGUGAGUCACAGCUGCUCCUUGCAGGAGUGUUAUGAAUACAUAGCCUCAACCAUGCAGAGAAGAGGAACAUGCAGCAUAGUACAGAGCCUCCACCUGGUUCAGUAAAAUAUAUAGAGGAUUCUUGCACUUCAGGAACCAGAAAUAUCAUUUGUGUGAACUUUGUGAAAGAGAUUUGAUUUUAUUAUUAUAGGUUCACGCAACAAGUUUUCAAUAGCUCGUAAAUGCUUUUGAUAGCUAGAUAAUGUGGACUGGUCAUUGAGGUUUGGAACCAAGUGUGUUAGAAUUGCAUGCAGAGUGUAGCAUAGUGAAGUGGUUUGACAGUAUGUUUCUUAAUCCUCACAAACCAUUGUGUCUUACUUAAGACUGAGGUUGAACACAAAGUGUGAAAUGGAAGUAUUGCCAUUUGUUGUUUGUGUCGGGAGUGUGUGUGUGCACGCGAGCAUGCAUGCUCAUGCAUGUGUACAUUGCAGACGGAGUGAGUGUAUAUGUGGUUGGAUGCAUAUGCUGUUUUUCAGUUAUUUUCUUGAAAAAAAUUUAGUCAUGUACAGAAUGUUAUAAACUCAAAUGACAUUUAUCAUGUUUUAAGAGAGUAUGUGUGUCAAAAAUGUCAUAAUGCCUUUAGCUGAACAACAGAAUUUAUAAAAUGUCCCUAUUCAGUAAUAAACUGUCAGGAAUUAGUUUUAUGUCUUUUAAUUUUUUUUUUUUAAAGACAUUGCUGAUGGUGAAUUUUUUAUAGGUUUACCUUAACUGUUCAAGUUUUUUGACAGUCAUUUGUCAGCUGCCCGAUUUUGGACUAUUAAAUUUUUUUUCCUUGUAGAAGAUUGCAGAUUUGUUAAAGGAUGUUUUCACGUGUUUGGUUUGUUUUUAAAUUUUACCUUGAUAGAUCAGCUGUAUCUACUCCAUAACCACAUCUGCAAUAGUGUGCUAUUAUUUUUAAAUUCAAGAGUGCACUGGUCUGAUAAAUUACACAUCAACAUUUAUGUCAUGUCCUGAAUGGGCUACAGUUUUAGAGGAACAUGCCAUGCCACAGAUAAACUAAACAAGGCAAACAACAACAAAAGAAAAUGAACUGAUAUCACAAGUUUUUAUUCCAAGUUCGUAAAAACAAGAUUAUAAUUUAAAUUGUUCGUGUGUAUUGGCAAUUAGUUGUAAAUUGUUGGAUCUAGUUGAUUCAUGGUUAUUCAUUUCAUUGUGAUGAAAAUUGUUCAGUAACUCAUAAAAAGAAAUCAAAAGCUGAAAACUGUUCUUCCCACUCCCCAAAUAUAGAAUUUGCUUUUGUUUGAGGUAUCAGAAUUUGGUCACACAUAGUAGUCUUUUCAAACAAAAAGUUAUUUUGAAGAACUUGAAAUUUUUGCUUUUUGUUUUGCGUUUGUUUGUGGGAGUCUGGAAGAUGUGAAGCUUUUAAAGGCCAUUAGUGGACUUAGAGAACCUUUGACGAUCAUAAAUGGUGAACAUUUCUGCAGUUGCAGCUCACCACAAGUAAAGUACUUGUGACUUGACAGCUAAGGUGAAGUGUGAAAAGACUGUGACAACAAACUCUCACCUGAUACACCUAAAAAGCAGAGAUGCUGUUGUGUUUGUUUGAUUGUUGUUGAUGGAUGUUACUCAACGUUACUGUUGGUACAGGGAAAAUCAGCUGUGUAUUUUGCAACUUCUCCUAAAAAAUAAUUUUUGUUUUGUUUCCUUCAAAAAAAAAGGAAAUUGUUCAAACACUAGUUAGUGCUAUUCUGCUUUUGAGCAACAAACAAAUCUGGCAUGUAUGUUGAUCCCUAAGUGACAAUGGGAGUUUUACAUCUUAAAGCAUAUAGCAGGCUAAAUUUGGCUGAUUGUUGCAGUGAGGUUUCCCCACUUUUCUGAGAAUGCUGGGAAAAACUUGAGUUUAUAGUUUUCAUGGAAAUGUGGAAUAUAAGAUUAUAGUGCUUGUGAAGAACUACAGUGGUGUGGGCUGUUAAAAGACUGUUGAGGCUGAAGCCCAAAAUGUGAAUACAUGUGUCUGAAAUUCUGAAGGAGUUUAUAAUAACUGGGACAAGCAGGAAGCUUCUUCCAACUAAGUUUGUUGCAUCCUUCAUUAUGUGAGUCCCAACAGUAGGGGACAGUGCCUCCACACGGUAAUAUAAGUUGUUGGUCUAUUGUUAUAAACGGAAAUGGUUUGUUUUAUGUGUAGUAGUUGUAUAGUGGUAGUACUUUCAGUUUUCUCUAAUGACAUUGGUGGGCUUUUGCAGUAUAAUAGCAGUAGUAUGUGCAUGCCUGUGAGAGAGAAGUAAGUGCAUUCUGAACAAAGGAACAGAUAUGAAUUGUAUGCAAUGAUUUAAAAUACCUAAUUAUUUUGUACCAUAUUCUUGAAAAAAUGAUGAACCUGAGUGUAGUGCCAUCAGAAUUGAGAGCAUCAGUCAGUGCACACACUUGUUAUUUCACAUUAAGAGAAUGUGGGAUACAACAAUAACUGGGGAUAUAAGUAUAGAAGAGGCUUUAUUUCAAGUCUAACAGCCUUGUCUUACAAGUUGCAAAAAAUGUGUUGAUUUGAUGCCUUGCAACAAACAUGACAUAUAGGCUAUAUUGCAAAAUUCUUACAUCAUUUCCUUGGGUUAUAGGUGAAUACUAGAAACAGACAGGUGGUUUUUUUUUCAGCAGACUUUUUUGGUAUGAGUGGCUUAUAUUGGUGUUCACUAUUGUGCAAGGAAGCAAGAAAAUCUCUUUGUGUAGAUUUUAACGCUGUUCUGAGAUGGUGAAGAUUCAAAAAGAAUUGUGGAAGAAAGGAGAAAAGUAAAUUUUGGAAACAAGUAUUUUUUUGUUUUUAGAUGGAGUUAAAUCACCUAAGCCAGAAAAUCCAUGGCAUUUAUUUAGUUGUCAGUUUAAAUUAAAACUAGAUGCUUACAUUACAUUUCUGUCAUCAAGACAACAUGGAGAUCUUCGUAAAAUCUAUAGAUGGGUAUGUGACAGAGUGACACUCUUUUCAUAUUAUUUCCUAAACAGUAGUAGUUAAAAAUUUCCCCCAUCCCCAGCUAACUGGAAUAUAUAAAUCUUUGAUGAUAGGUAUUUAUGUUGAUGUCAUUUACUAUGCCUACAAAUUAAGCGAUGUGCUACACAAUGGUUCUCUAGAGAUUUAAUCAUAAAAAAAAUUAUUUGCUUCUUGUGUUGAGAAGAAAUAGCAAUUUAGCCUAUGUUCUUGCUAUGAUUUCUGGACAGUAUAAACCUUUUUGCUACUGUUUGGGUGAUAUUGCUGAAGCAUGAGUAUAAAAUUAAAAAAAAACCUUUCUAGUCUACAAUGUACAGAGUCCCAAAUGAAAAAGAAAAGAAGGUAUCAAAUGUAGCUGUCUUUGUGUUGCACUUUCUGCCCUUGUUUUUACAAGAAUGGGUGUCUUUUUUUGCUUUUAUCAUCUCUUCUAGCAUUUUCGAUAAUUAAGCCAUGGACAAUUUUUAUAUGUAAUUUGAAACUAUUUUUCAGCAGAAAUUUGUUUUUAGAGUUGUUCAUCUUUGCAGCAUCUGCCUUCAGACCUAUUAGUAUGAUUUAAUGUUAAGAAAUGAUUGAGACAGUAAUUUUUAACUUAUUCCUAAGUUGACCAGGAAUGAGGUGAAAGGUAUACACCAAAAGAACAUUUAUAUAAAACUUAUGAAUGCAUGUGGUUUAGGUGUUAUUUAGGUAACAUAUGUUUUAAAAAAAAUGUAAUCCCUCUAUAACUUCCAAUGCUUAAUUUGGUCAUCAUUUUGUUUGUGUGUGUGUGUGGGGGAGAGGGAGCACUUCGUCUGAUUGCAUCUGAACAUAACAGGCAGGCAGCAUGUUGUUGUAUUCAUUAAGCUUUAAAUUUUAAAAAUUUUAAUUUAAAAAAUUUUUGAAUGUCUGGUAGUCAAAAGAUUUUUGGCUGUGAGCGGUCAGUAGAGUUUAUGUUACUUUGACUGUCCUAUAUAUCUGCUAAGUAGACAUAGUUAUUGGCAUAUGACAAUGGAAAUACAAAAUGAAUGAAGACUGA